AUGACAAAGAAUAGAAGCUGGAAGAACAAUGAAACUGUGGUACUCACCGAAGAAUGCAGCGCCAUCAUCCAACACAAAUUGCCCCAGAAAUUGAAGGAUCCCAAGAGCUUCCAAAUCCCUUGUAUCAUAGGGGAAAUCACAGUAGAGAAGGCUUUAUGUGGCCUAGGAGCUAGCAUAAAUCUGAUGUCCUUAACAAUGAUGAGGAAAAUGAAGAUUGAGGAGGCUAAACCAACAAGAAUGGCUCUGCAACUAGCAGAUCGAUCAUUCAAGUUUUCUCACGGAAUAGUAGAAGACUUGUUGGUAAAGGUGGGAGACUUCAUCUUUCCAGCAGACUUUGUAGUAUUGGACAUGGAGGAAGGAGCCAAGACCUCUAUCAUCUUGGGAAGGCCAUUCUCGGCCACUGCUGGAGCCAUCAUUGAUGUCCAAAAGGGUGAACUUGUCCUUAGACUACAUGAGGAGAAAAUGAUAUUCAAUGUGUUCAAGGCCAUGAGUUACCCACAGGACUUAUUGGGAGAAUAUAUGAGGUUGGACUCGGUAGAUGCUGUGGUGCAAGAAACUCUUGAAGAAGAACUUGAGGAGUUAACAGAAGAAGAGGAAUUAGUAUCAAGGAUUGAGGCUGCAGCCGCUGAAAUGCAUGUUCAAGGCACACUAGAAGGGAAGGAUGAAAGAAAGAAGUACCCAAACUUGAGCUAA